UACACUCAACCCUGAAAAGAAAUUGACAAUAAUUUUGAAGAUUUUCUGCAAAUACGUAUAUUUUGACCUUUAUUAACUGAAUUUUUGACUUGUAAAAAACUUUACACCCUUAAAAAAAAGUACGAGUUAAAAACAAAGAAGAGGGAGAAGAAAGAAAGAAGAGUGAGGAGAAGAAGAAGAAGAAGAAGUUUGACAACUUGGAAGAGAGUGUAAAAAGCACAUUAAUGGUGACAACCUGUACCACCAUGGAACAUCGACGAGACGAGCCUCCUGAUGAUGAGUUCAACUUAAAAGAAUGGGCUCUCAAGUCUAAAAUGGUCAGCCGUGUUAACACCAAUUCAAGAAGGUUCUCUGCUUCCAACAUUAUUAGAAGCAGUUUCAGAGAAGACACUAGGUCUUUCAGAUCCAAUAUCACCAUUUCUAGCACUGCUUCUUCUCCUGGCUACACCCUAGGAGAUGCAAUUGACCCUUCAACAUACUCAUUCACUACAGCUCUCAAAGCAUUGCAGGCAAGAUCUGCCUAUAGUUGGGAGUGCUUAUCACCAGAUGGGCAUGGAUUUGCUCUAAACUCCAAGUGGAAUGAAGCUGAGAAAUACAUAUGCAACCCUUUAUCUGGAGAAGUUCCAAUGGAGUGUUUGUCUGCUAAAACACUGAGCGGCCGAUCCUUUCGCAGCCUAGCAGGCAGAGUCACCAUGUCUGCUCCUCUUAUUUAUCCUUCUCACUCAAGGGCAAUCCAUACAAAAUCUUCUCUUGGGUCGCAUGAAAAUGAAGUGACUCACUUCCCAAUUCCAGUGAGUGGAAUGGGUACUACUACUAGAGAUGUGGGGACUCAAAGCACACCGCCUGACAGCUCUAGUAGUCCAAGCCCAGCUCGGACUCCUCCAAUCGAAGAAAGAUCAAUAAAGCGAGGUCAAGCAGAGGUUGAAGAUUCACCUCCCUCCGAUAUGGCAAAAUUGGAAUUUGAGGAAAAGGUUGAAGUGAAAGAAACAGAGGAGAAAGAAACAAAAAGAAAGGAGGAAGAGGAAGAUGAUCAGAAAAAGAAAGCAAAGCAAAAGCAAAAGUGGAAGUGCAGCAGCAGGCAAAGUGCAGGGUGCUUCUUGUCAUGGAGGAGCUUGUGGAUGAGAAAGAGGCAGAAAGAGAAGCACAAACCAAUAAAUAGGAAUAUUUUUAUUACCCCACAUUAAUGGGUGUCAAAUAUUUAUAUAAAAAUUUUAAGUGUACAGAAAACAUAAUCCUUUAAUACGAGAUGAGACGAGUUAUGUCUGAUUUUGUAAUCGGAUUCUGUGCACAUAAAAAAAAUGAAAUAUAUAUUAGUUUGUUAGGAAUGGUUAAAAAAAAAGUAGUGGAAGUUGGUUCUAAAGUAAUUUUAUUUUUGAUUUAUAAUCGCUUUAUCUCUUGAGAGAUAUUGAUUGAGGAGUGGAUGUCAAGAUGAAGAAAAUAGAGAGGGGAGAGAGGGGGGAGGAAGGGAUGGAUAGAGAUAGUGUGGGGGUGGGUUUCAUGUUGGUUGUUUUUGGUAUGUGUACUAACUGGUGAUGCUAUAUAUAUUUUGUUCUUAUUUCGGUGACA